GCAUGGCGACGAUUGUUGUAUCAACAGAUCCAAAACAACGUGGUGUCAAUAGAGCAUUUUGCAUCCGUGCCAGACAUUUAAACAAUGAAGUUAUGAUUGUUAUGUGCAAUGAGGUGUUACGAUGGGCAACUCCAGGCUCUAACCACUAGCAUGCAGCGGAUUUCGAUGGGAACGUUUGCGAACAGACCGGACGAAUGUUUUGACGUUUCACUGCGCAUGAGAACACAUCGUGUUCCUGCACGUCCGACCUGAAGGCUGGACAGAUGACACAUAUGUGUCAAUGGUGCUGUUUUUUUAAUGGAUAGUUUCUGAUGAGAAUUGAUCGUCGAAGACUACAUCUUCGUCGGUCAUAAUGUGAGGAUUUGUCAUUAUGUGGUGACAAUAAAGAAGUGAAUAUUGUUUUAGUGUCUCUCCGUCCAAAUUGGCGCUCGCUACAUGUGAUACCCCAGAUUUCCAGGUCUACUGGAAACUCCGUCCACUACAGUGAUUCACAGGAAUAUACAUCUAUAUAGCGUGUGAUAUAUAUAUCUGUUUUGUUGUUUGUUUUUUGGAAUUACCAUGGCAACCACAACAUUAACUCGACUGCCACAACCACCCCCUAAACUCACAGGGGGUAAGAGGGGGCCAUCGCUCUCAAGCGAUGAGGAUGACACAUUGGACAGUCCACGGAAUUCUAGAAAUCCAGUGAGUCCGCGACAGCUGCAUCAAGGCUUGUCUCAACCCCUACUGAGCAGUGCUCCCCAAACAGUGUGCCCCCCCCAACUACCGUCCACCACGCCUCCCCGCCCCACAGACGUACCCUUGAGUCCGACAAGUCCGUCUAUUUCGACCUAUGGCUGCGAACAUGACCAUGAUUAUGAGAAUGUGGCAUCUCCCAACAGCAGCACAGCAAGUGGGCCGAUAUAUGUGCGACCACCGGGGUUUAAACACCAUGCUCAAGCCAUUGAAGCUAAGUCUCGGCAUAAGAAGAAGAAAACCACAACGCUGUUGUCAUUACGUGAUGGAUUAAAAAAACGGGAGCAAACCCCCCCGAAGUAUAAAGCUAGGAGAGAUCCGCUCCCGAUGAGAUGUCGAGCAUUGCCGCAGUCAUUCUGGCAGCAGCCCAACGUUCCCCACCAGGUGUCGCCGGGAACAAUGUUCCCCGUUCUCCCACCGCUCAUGAACGGGGGAACGGAAGAAGACACAAUAGAGAUGCGUCCAGUCACACCGCCCGAGGAGCGAACAGAGGUGGAAGACAAAGAACACAAGCGGCCACCUCGGGCUCCUGACCGCAAGGUCACGGUCACAAAUACAGAUUUACUUUUCCGACUUUUCGAUGGGGUUGGUGAGGAGGUCACGAAGAAACCAGUCGGAAGUCUUAAACGUGGAAGGCCAAAGAAAUUGAUGCCAAAGAGCAACACAAAGGGCUUGCUGUCGGGGAACGAUCCGUACCUAGUGGACGCCAUGACUGAUAAACUUUUCCCCAAUCUUUCUUUGGAGGGUCGGCAUGGUGCACAGUUAGGCAACACGUCAUUACAGCUGAUUACAGUACGAGGCGACGGAGAUAAGACUGUCACAUUACCUGCCCUCAGUUUCGAUCAGAAUUAUUCACAGAUGUUAUCCGAACUGGUCAUGCAUAUUUAGCAUGGAGACCUAUGUUGUUGUGUUUGUGAUUGUGCCAACAGUUGGAGUGUUUAGACAGUUCAUCAAGAGCCUGAUGACUUGAAAUUGUCAUUACUGAGGGUGAGUCUGGGGGUGUUUGAAGUUGAAAGAUGAAUCUUGCAAUGGAAGAAAACUGCCUGCCAAGAAAGAUAACGUAAGAUGUCAACAAGGGAGAUAACUUCAGAGGUCAACAAGGGAGAUAACUUCAGAGGUCAACAAGGGAGAUAACUUCAGGGUCAACAAGGGAGAUAACUUGAACAAAAGGUCAACAAGGGAGAUAACUUGAAACAACAAAGUGGAUAACUUCAUCUGACAUUAAGGGAGGUAACCCAAGUCAUCAAGUGACGCAACCCCAGCUGACAUCAAGGAGUUGACCCAUGUUCAUCAAGGGAGGUAACCAUGUUGUCAUCAAGGGAGGUAACCUCCACUGACCUCAAAGAGAUAACCCGCUGUGACAUCAAGGGAGGUAAUUUUCAAUCCCACUUGAAAAAGAUCUCAAGACAGAGUGGCGACAAAUUAGUAUUUGUGUCCUGAUCAUCAAUCAUCCCCUCAAGAUGGUAUCGGGACAGAUGUUAAACUGUGUGUUUUAUCUUUGUCGGGUAGACAGAUUCACACCCACCUCAGAAUGAACAAGGAACAGGUUGGAAAUGAUUUGUUGAAUUUGACGAAAUAUGACUAAAAUAUGAUGUUAUCGUGAAACAAUUCCAGGUAUUAAUGACGUUCUUGUUUGUUACACAAAUGUGAUAUAGUUGUUGACAUUGUGAUGGGGUCGUCACAGACGGAGACAGACACACUAUGUGUGUCUACUGUGUGUUUAACACAGUCGUGUAAAAGUGUGUUGUUUACUAGUUGCUGUCUGUCAGUCGCUAUUCAUCCUCCUCCGCUGUGUCGUUUUUUCAUUACUUGAUUUGCAGUAUGAUUUUUAAAAAGUAGGAUCCGCUGAAUUGAAGAUUAAUAUGCAUUGCACUCAUUUACUCCUUUCACAUGUUUACAUUCACAAUUAUUCUAAAACAACAGUUAAUCUGUUUUUUUUAAUAUUGUCAUCAGGACAUUUUUUAUUGUGUACCGAUUUUCCCAGCCAAACUUCAGUUAUACAACCGGCAGAGUACCAAACUGAAGAACAUAAGAGUAGAUACAAACUAAAUUUCCUCUAAAAUAAAUUAAAAUAGAUUCACAAGAAUCCAAACUGAAUGAUAUUAAAAAUGAUUAUAUUUUUCUUCAAAAUAUUUCAAUUUUAUAAAAAAAAAAAAACAUUUUGGAAAAAUGUAUAGCAGACUUCUCUGUAAGACUUACAGUAGAAUUGGUCCAGGUUGUAAGAUUAUUAAGAUUACAUUGUAUGCAUGAUUAGGGCAUGAUGUCAGCAACACUAAGCCCUACGGCAGGCAUAUACUAAAGUUGUUUUGGCAUGUAUUGUAUUCAGUUUAUGAAUCAUUACUUUUAUGUCAUUGGCCCUGAUUCAGUAUUUUUACCUCAAUUCUUGCAGUGUAAUGAAAUAUCAGUGGUUUUAUAUAUGCAAUAUAUCAAUCUAGUUGUUGCUACUUCCGUCCAAGUUUAGCAGCUAAUUUGUACUGCAUCUAAUUCAUAAUGCUUCAUAUUUCAUAGUGUGUUUGUAAACAAUUAUCAAAUUCUUUAAAUUAUUUGGGACUGUAAUAUUUACUUAUGUGAUUUUUAGCUUGUUGCUAUGGUAACCUACCUCUAUUGACAAUGUCUCAUAUGAAAUACUAGUUUGGGAUCAAAUCCUCUGAAAUUGUUUUUUGUUAUUGAGUUUUAUAUGUGCUUGAGAAUUGUGUUUGAGAACAGUAAUAAUACAUGAUGUUAAUGUUUUUAGAUUUCCCAAUGGGAAGUUCUCUGACUUUUGUUCCAUAUCUUCUUAAACAUCAUAUGUCCCACAACAUUAUUACAUUAUUGUGAGGUUUCAUCCCAAGUAUCUGUGAUAAGUCGGAUCGGGUCAUUAGUCAUAAUGUUUCUACUGGAUCAGACCGUCCUGUGUCAUGCUGUCAAGAGUUGUCUCCCCUACUCGUACAGAAGAAUAAUCACUAUUUACUGACAUGACAUAAAUUGUCAAACUUUCCACUUUGUAACCAUGGCGAUACACAACAAGGGUGGAAUAUGGAUACCUCAGAUACCACAAUGACCUCAUUUUCAGUUACCUGAGACUUUCGGACUGUCUUGCGUGGACAGAUUACUGUAUUCGACAUAAUAAGCACCCAGGGCGCUCUCAAAAUUAGGAAUAGGGGGAUCUUAUUAGAAUAUAAUUUUGGUGAGAAUUUUUUUUUGGUGAGGUGAUAGAUUGUAA